AUGGUUUUUUGUAUCCGGAGACUACAAAGUAUUUUACUUAAAGUUGCGCUGUUACUUGGGGUGGAAGUGCACACAAAUGUGGCGUAUGAUGGACUGUUGGAUCCGCCUGUUGAUAAUGCAGACGUGGGUUGGCGAUGUCGGUGUACACCUGAAGACCACCCUUUAUCUGAUUAUCAAUUCUCCGUCAUUAUUGGAGCAGACGGAAAAGGCGAAACGCUACCGGGUUUUGUUCGGAAAGAAAUACGUGGGCCCCUAGCAAUAGCAGUUACCAUAAACUUUAAACGGAAAUAUACAAACCAAGAGGCCAAGGUUCAGGAACUGGGGGGAUUAGCCGUAUGGGGAAAACCUGAGCAUUUCCACAAUCUGGUGAACAAGAAAGACAUUCUGCUGGAGAACUGUGUUUAUUUUAAAGGCGAAACACAUUAUUUUGUGAUGACUGCUUUAAAACAAAGCUUACUCAAAAAUGGCGUUUUAAAAUCCAACCAACCAAAUGCAAAGGCAUUAUUAGCUCCGGACAACAUAGACAAAGUAAAACUAACCAAAUUCGCCUGUAAUGUAGCGGAAGUGUGUACAGACGGUCUACUUCCGGAUCUAGAAUGUGAAACCAAUUAUCGAGGUGAACCUGACGUUGCCAUCUUUGAUUUUACUGCCAUGUAUUAUUCUGAGAGUGCGUCACGUGUUCUGGUGAGGAACGGACACAAACUGUUAAUGGGACUUGUAGGGGAUAGCCUGUUAGAGCCUUUCUGGCCAUUGGGAACCGGAUGUGGUCGAGGCUUCCUCUCGUCGUAUGACGCUGCGUGGAUGAUUCGUCAAUGGACUUCCGGUGAGAUGUCGCCACUUGAGGUCUUAGCAGAAAGAGAAACCAUAUACAGUCUUCUGAGUUCCUGUAUGGCUGCCUCCGUGUGCAGUGAUUACAACAAUAUGACGGUAGACCCGAAAACCAGAUAUAACAAUUGGAGUGAUCUCGUAGCCAAAACAAAAACCCCCGAUAUGGUGCGCCAUUUGUGCAAUACAGAAUUAUAGAACUGUAAAACUUUACUGAA